GCUCAUCUGCAAAGUACUCAAAUAGUUGGCUGCUCAUUCUGAAAGAGAAAGAUUCAGUAACAGUUCGUUGAGUGCAAGCGUAAUAUACGAACGAGUCUUAUUUAAGUGCUCAUUCCAAGAUGGAUGAACUCAAAGGAUUUUUUAAGCAGGCUGGCCAGGAGUUUCUCAAUGCCGCUGGCCAGGCAGCAAUGGGCGCGGCCAAGGAAGUCGUUGGCUCCGUCAUAAACGAAAUCUUUGUCAAAAAGGAAUCGGAGACAAAGCGAAUCCUACCAAGCAUUAAGAACAUGCGUGUGCUGGGCGAAACACAAUCGAAUCUCGGUCCCUAUUCGGAGGUGCAGGAUUAUGAAACUAUAUUGAAUAGCUGCUUGACGAGCGGAUCACUGUUUGAGGAUCCACAGUUUCCGGCUAGCAAUGAGUCGCUUAUGUUCUCACGUCGCCCCGAUCGCUAUAUAGAAUGGUUGCGUCCUCAUGAAAUUGUUGAAAAUCCGCAAUUCUUUGUAGAAGGCUAUUCUCGAUUUGAUGUGCAACAAGGCGAGCUUGGGGAUUGCUGGCUACUGGCUGCCACUGCCAAUUUGACAUCUGAAUCAUCCUUGUUCUUCCGUGUAAUACCACCAGAGCAGAGCUUUCAAGAAAACUACGCUGGAAUAUUUCAUUUUCGCUUCUGGCAAUACGGUAAAUGGGUUGAUGUAAUUAUUGAUGAUCGUUUGCCAACGUAUCGAGGAGAGUUGCUCUAUAUGCAUUCGGCUGAGAAAAAUGAAUUCUGGAGUGCACUUUUGGAGAAAGCAUAUGCCAAACUGCAUGGAUCGUAUGAAGCACUUAAGGGUGGCACCACAUGCGAGGCGAUGGAAGAUUUUACAGGAGGUGUCAGUGAAUGGUUUGACCUUAAAGAGGCACCACCAAAUUUGUUUACUAUACUCCAAAAAGCAGCUGAACGUAACUCUAUGAUGGGUUGUUCGAUUGAAGCAGAUCCCAAUGUGCUGGAAGCUGAAACGCCUCAAGGAUUGAUUCGAGGACAUGCUUACUCUAUUACUAAAGUUUGCCUCAUUGAUAUCGUGACACCGAAUCGGCAAGGAAAGAUUCCAAUGAUUCGCAUGCGGAAUCCUUGGGGAAAUGAAGCAGAGUGGAAUGGUCCAUGGAGCGAUAGCUCGCCUGAAUGGCGUUAUAUACCCGAGGAACAGAAGCAGGAAAUUGGUCUCAACUUCGAUAGAGAUGGAGAGUUUUGGAUGACAUUUCAAGAUUUCUUAACUCAUUUUGAUCGUGUUGAGCUUUGCAAUUUAUCGCCAGAGUCUUUCUCAAAGACAUCUGACGAUCCACACAGCGGUAAACGCAAAUGGGAGAUGUCAAUGUACGAGGGUGAAUGGACACCUGGCGUCACAGCAGGUGGCUGCAGAAAUUUCUUAGAUACAUUUUGGCAUAAUCCUCAAUACAUCAUUACCCUGGUGGAUCCCGAUGAGCAGGACGAGGAGGGCAACUGCACAGUUAUUGUUGCGCUAAUGCAAAAGAAUCGUAGAUCCAAACGCAAUAUGGGAAUGGAGUGCCUUACAAUUGGUUUUGCUAUUAAUAAUUUCAAAAAUCAUUCUUCUUCAAUUCUCAUCAAUCAUGUCAAUUUUUCACUUCCGUAUAGAGAAAAUGAUGAUCACGUUGGUUACGGUGACGAUUCGAAUAAGGUUAUACCAGGUUUUCCAACACCAAAGCCCGUCGAUCCGCAAAAAGAAGGCUUGCGCAGAUUAUUUGACAGCAUUGCUGGUAAGGAUAUGGAAGUAGAUUGGAUGGAGCUAAAACGAAUAUUAGAUCAUUCGAUGCGCGAUGAUUUACCAAAGGCUGUUGUCUAUAACCGACAGACAACUUAUAAUGCAUUUGAAACGCAGGCAGGCACUCAGGACGAAAUACCUGGAAAUGCCUGUGGCCUACUUUCCUUAAUAUGUGGACCAUUCCUUAAAGGCACUCCGUUUGAGGAACAGCUGGGCGGGAAUGAUCAGUCUAACAAAAGACUCAUCGAAGAGAGCCCAGCAGCCAUUGUCGAUGAGACACAUGGCUUUUCCAAAGAUGUUUGCCGCUCGAUGGUAGCGAUGUUGGAUGCAGAUAAGUCUGGUAAACUGGGCUUUGAGGAGUUUGAGGCUUUACUUUCGGAUAUCGCUAAAUGGAAGGCUAUAUUCAAAACAUACGACACUGAGAAUUCGGGGAGAAUUUCAGGCUUUCAGCUACGCGAGGCGCUCAACUCAGCAGGUUACCACUUAAACAAUCGUGUUCUAAAUGCCUUGGGUCAUCGAUAUGGAUCGAGAGAUGGCAAGAUCGCAUUUGAUGAUUUCCUCAUGUGUGCAGUGAAAAUAAAAACAUAUAUUGAAAUAUUCAGAGAAAGAGAUACGGAAAAGAACGAAACUGCAACGUUUACAUUGGAGGAAUGGAUUGAACAGACAAUUUACUCAUAGAAAAUCUAUCAGAGUUCUAUUUAAAUAUAUCUUUAAAUACAAGUCUCCUCGUUAUCAUAUAUUUCAAAUCAGUGGAACAAAUUUUCAAAUGUCUUUUACUCUGUUUAGUUUAAAGCCGAAAUUGUAAAUCUCUUUGUCUAAUCUCAAAUUGCCUUCAUUGAAUUAAAAGCGCUAAAUCAAAAUUUGAUCAAACA